CUGGGUGAGAAGUAUGAUAGCUAGCUAGCUAUUCCUCCCCCAUCACACGGGCUCAACUCUAGCCAAUCUGUCACUGUGAACGUUGAAAACUUUUAUUUGUACCUGCCUAGCAACGUAGCUAGCUAGUUUCAAUGUAACUAUGAGCUAACGUUAGCUAGGUCGCAAGUUAGCUUGAAUUGCUGCAGUGGCAGUUUGGGAAGGAAGAAGCAGGUACUCGGCAGUCCAAGCCGCCAAACACAAGCUCUAGCGACCUGUCUGACACUGACGAGUGAUGGAGGCCCCACCAGUCUCAGUGCUGCCCAUCACGGGGGGCACAAUUAGCAUGAUGGAGUACCUGCUGCAAGGCAGCGUCUUGGACCAGGCCCUCGAAAGCCUAUUGCACCGCCUCCGGGGCCUUUGUGACAACAUGGAACCCGAGACGUUUGCUGACCAUGAGCUGGUCUACCUCCUGAAGGGCCAGCAGGGCAACCCGUUCCUGUUGCGAGCCCGCCGCUCCCUCUCCCACCCCACAGUGCCCUGGCACCUGCGCUACCUGGGCCAGCCGGAGGUGGGUGACAAGUCCCGCCACGCGCUGGUUCGCAACUGUGUGGAUGUGGCCGCCUCGCACAGCCUGCCCGACUUCCUCAAUGAAAUGGGCUUCCGCAUGGACCACGAGUUCGUAGCCAAGGGCCACAUUUUCCGCAAAGGCGUGCUCAAAGUGGUGGUGAGUAAACUGUCUCGCAUCCUGGUCCCCGAGAAUACAGAGAACACUGAGCCGCUGUCACUCUCCUACCUGGUGGAGCUCAGUGUAUUGGUCCCCGCGGGCCAGGAUACCAUGUCAGAGGACAUGCGCAGCUUCGCUGAGCAGCUCAAGCCCCUGGUUCAUCUGGAGAAGAUUGACCCCAAGAGACACAUGUAAGAAGGAGUGUUUUAUGAUGAGCCUCUGUUGGCUGUCAUGGACAAAGUGUAGUUUUUAUUAAAACAUAUAUUUUUUUUUUUCAUGGGACUUAUUUUUGUAUGAUUCCUAUGAGAAAGCGCUUUCCCAUAGUCCUUUGUCUCUGUGAAUGAACUCUAGAUCUCACAAUCUUGAUGCGUGUCUCGUACAUUUGGAGAAGGACCAUCUGUCAUUUGGAUGUUAGUGGUGUUUGACAAGGACUUCACAGGAGGUUUAUGACAUAGCUAACAUGGACGAUGUGACAAAUGAGGCUUUGAAUGAGUCAAUAAAUAACAAUGUUUCUAUUCACAG